ACAAACUACACGUGAUAAACCGCGCAACAUGGAUUUUUCUUUGGACGAUAAUGAUUGGGAAGCUGAUAGAAAAACUGAAAUUUUGAACAAAAAAUUGUUUAAUGAAGAACAAAUUGAAAUAAAGAAAAAGUCUCAUAAACGUUGCAGGUCUCUGAAAAGUGAAAAAUCGACUUUCGAAUGUAAUGUACCGAAAAAAUUACCAAAGGAAAGAAAAAACUCAUCAUUUCCAAAAGAAAAUAAAGGAACAAUUAAAAUUUUAGAUCAUUAUCCUAAACCAAAGAUAAAGAACAAGAAAUUUAAAUCAAAAAAUAAUCAAAUUAAUAAAACAGAGGAAUGUAAACUAGUAAUUCCUUUACAAAAUGAAUCUUUCCAUUACAAAUAUGAUUUAGACCAUAAAACAAAUGAUAAAAAUAAAAAAACAAAAUCAAAUAAAAAUAAUAAUGUUUUGCCUAUCAAUAAAAAGAAAAUAUUAAAAAAUAAAGUGAAGAAGAAAUUUUCUAAAAAGUAUUUAUCAGUAACAGAUAAUUUGGAGAAAAAUGAAGAAGAAACAAAUUUUGAUAUAAAUGUAAAAAGAUUAAAACAAACAAGUCCAAUUAAAAGUCUACCAAAUAUUGAAAAAUUAAAAAAGAUACUGACAUCUGCUUCAAAACCCAAUAUUACAUCAAAGUCAGAACUUAAUGAAAUGAAAAAAAAUGUAACUAAAAGUGGAACUUUUAUUCUAGAAAAAGAAAAACGAAACUUAUUUUCCAGUGCAUUGAAAGAAAAUGCCAUGGAAAGAUUAAAAGCUGCUAAAUUUCGUUAUAUUAAUGAAAAGUUAUACACUUCAAAUAGUAAAGAAGCAUUGGAAUUUUUCAAAUCAGAUCCUGAUGCCUUCCAACUUUAUCAUGAUGGCUUUAAUAGUCAAGUAUCUAAAUGGCCUUUGAAUCCAGUUGAUGUGAUUAUUCAAGAUAUUCAAAAAAGACCAAAAUCACACGUCAUAGCUGAUUUUGGAUGCGGAAAUGCAAAAAUAGCUCAGGUUUUUCCAGACAGAGUUGUGCACUCAUUUGAUUUAUUCAGUAUGAAUAAAUAUGUCACUGCUUGUAAUAUGGCUAAUGUACCUUUGGGUAAGGAAUCUGUUCACAUUGCUGUAUUUUGCCUUGCUUUAAUGGGAACAAAUAUUAAUGACUAUUUGCAUGAAGCUCAUAGAGUUUUAAAACCAAAUGGUAUCUUGAAGGUAGCUGAAGUUUCAAGUAGGAUUGACAAUAUUGAUAAAUUUAUUGAUGAUAUAAACCAGUUUGGAUUUUCCAACAUUCAUAAGGAUAUAAGCCAUAAGAUGUUCAUUUUUCUUGAUUUCAAGAAAAUCAAAAAAGAGAAGAACAGAAAAGCACCAAUUAUCAGUCUGAAGCCAUGUUUAUAUAAAAAGAGGUAAUAUAAAGGAAAAACAUAUGUGUAAUGUUGUAAAAUAGACAAUAAAACAUAUACUUUCUCUACA